AUGUCUUCAGAUAACCAGUGGUCAGCAGAUGAGGAUGAAGGCCAGUUAUCCCGGCUGAUAAGGAAAUCUAGAGACUACCCCUUUGUUCCUGUAGGAUUAGCAGGCUUUGUUACUGUGGUAUCCUAUGGUCUUUACAAGUUAAAGUACAGAAGACACCAGAAAAUGUCCAUUCAUCUUAUUCACAUGAGAGUUGCUGCCCAAGGAUUUGUUGUAGGAGCUGUGACUCUAGGUGUUCUCUAUUCUAUGUAUACGGAUUACAUUAGACCUCAGUUCUUCAAUGUUUCCAAAAAAUGAAGUCACAGAAAGACAAGAACCUUCUGAAAACUAUGAUAAGGAAUGGAUGUUCAAUGUGUAGUGAAUUAUGCUGCAAAAGUAUUAGGAAGAAUUCUUACAGCUUUAUGUAACAAGUCUCAAUUAUUUAAGACUACUGUAAAAUAGAGAACUCAGAAAUAUAUCUUUUGUUAUCUUUCAGAACAUAGGGCAUGAUUUUAUUAGUUUAAUUAUUUUUUAAUUUUCUAUUUAGUGGCUGAAAAAUAUCUGUUAUAUUUACAUAAUAUGAAAAUUAGGAGAUACACUGAAUUUUCAGAAAAGUCAUGAUACAUUUUUGCAUAGAAAAAAAAUCAUGACUUUUCUGAAUAUAUCCAUAUCAAAUGUAACCCUUUAUUCAUCACUAGGUUUUUACCAAAUAUGGCAAGGUAAUUAAGACUCUUAUAAGCUCCUUUUAUACUGGGGAAUAAUUAUGUUAAGUGAAACUACUCAUUGUUCUUACUUAAAUUUGUUUUAUCACUUUGCAUAGACUUAU